CUAAUCUGUAUAUAGAAUAAAACCACCCGUCGAUAUUUCAAACACUCACAAGUAAAUAACUGCUGUUUUACGAGCGUUACAGUGAUUCAAAAUGGAUAAAAUCGGAUAUGUUCUGUUGCCCUUGUUCGCCUUAUUCCGUGAGGUGUACUCGGGCGAGUACUGCUAUACCAGCUACUACUACUCUGAAUACUGCUCGUACGGCUGUUGUGACAACGACUUUGAUUACUACGACCAUUGCUGUGCCGCCUACUCCUGGAUCUACGGUGUCGUCGUCGUCGGCAUACUCAUCAUCGGCGGAAUCGUUCUCGUUAUAAUAAUCGUUAUGAAGAAGCAAGCCGGGAAAAGACGAAAUGUACGGCCCGUGCAUACUGCCACCGUGACCACUGUGCACGCCCCCCAGCCUCCCCCGUACCAGCCGCAAGGUCAGAUGCCGCCUUCCUACCAGCAGCCCAUGGGCUAUCCCCAGCCCGGGGGAUACGCACAGCCCGGUGGCUUCCCCCAGCCCGGCCCACAACAGUACCCACCUCCCGCUCCCGCCAAUUACGGGCAACAAGAUGUUGCCUAUCCACCCAUGUAACGGAUCUAAUGAGAUUGUGUUCCAUGUCCGCAUGGUCGACAUGAUUAUACUCAGAUGCAAACUAGUGUGUUUUCGCAGAUUUCUUCAAUUCAUUUUUUUCAGGAAAAGGUUCGCUGAAUUAUGUGUAUAUUAAUAUCAUGGCCCAUAUUUGUUAGCACCACGCUUCUGUGACCCAUGGCUGUUUGAAGAGCAAUAGUGAAACAUUUUCCUGCGUACGUUUAUAAUAGCGCAUUUGAAUUACUGUACACACUUUUUUCAAGAACAAUUAUAUUUAAGUGAAAUGUCUACAAAAAGAUACGAAUUUCUAUAAAGAUAAUAAAGAGUACUAACACAAUGGAUUAUUAACUGAUACUUAUGAAAUAGUGGUCAUUAUUAACUGAUACUUAUGAAAUAGUGGUCAUUGGUUAUUAAACAGUUUGCACAAACGUGAAGUAUUUUAACUUUAAUUUACAUUUGAUUUAUACAUGUGUGUGAACUUAUUUUAUUAGCGGAUUUAAGUUUAAAUCUUUUUAUAUUGAAUGUGUAAUAUAAGACUGUUUAAAAGCCGGAUCAUUUCCCUGCCCUUUGCCAAAAAACCUACCACCAUGUAUAUGCCAUGCAUACAUGUUUAUACAAUGUAUAUGUAACAAGUAAGUGUUGGAUAUCAUUCUGUAAAACUCUUUCUUUUAUUUUAAACGUUUUAUGUAUUUUACCUCUUUUAAACUAGUAUGCUUUGAAGUAUAAGAAACGUCUUCGAGUUAAGUCGUGUAAAACUAAUAACUGAUGCUAUUUUGAAAUGCCACGUGGCGUGUACAUAUGUGGCAGUAACUAAAUACAAGUCUUUCCAUAGCAUAUACUGUAUAUAAUAAAAAACAUAAUAGAAAACAUAAGAAUCACCAUCCCUGGCCGAUAUAGCCACCCUACUGUCACCUAUGGGCGCCCACACACAUUGAUAGUUUUAGAACAAGUUCUACCAAAUGUUGUAAACAUUCAAAUAUUCUAACACAGUUGCCUUUAUACCAUGUGAACUGUUCUAUAUAUGUAAUUGAUAAAUGAACUAGAAUACCCAUGUGAUAGUCAGUAGAUAUUCGAUCCCAUUUCUAGUUAAAUAAGAAUUAGCCAAUGUGAUACUUAUAUUUCGUUUUCCAAAUAAUAAUAAAGACAAAUUAAAACAGCUGUUAUACCACUGUCAAGUAAUCAGUGUUUUGAGCGGAAUGGAUCGUUUUGCAGUCUUUAACGUACAUAGUUUACUAAGAAGAGGCAUUUUGCUGGACAAGAUGUCAAUACUGAGUGUGUUAUGUAUUAACAUUUAAACGGUUAAUCUUAUUAUAUUCGUAUACAAACAAUCUUUUUUAUGCUUAGAUUAUAAAUUAUUUAUUUGAUUUACACUUGUUAUGAAUUAUACGCAUAUAUUUUCCUAUGCCGAUUCACUACUUAAUGUUGUUUAUGUCAUUAAUAAAACCUACAAAUAUGA